CCCCACCUGGCCCCAGGAAAACGGCUGCAGGUGCCUGGGGCUACCGGGUGGUCGCCCUUGCUGGAGUGGAGCAUUGAAAGUCGGGGUGAAGCAGAUGGAGUGAGCCCUGGUUCAUUGGGUUCUAUUUUGAACCCAAAUUGGAUGAUGCUGGUAGGGCUGAGCCACUGACAGUCUGUGAAGAAGUCCCAUCUUCUCGUUGGCCAUCAGUGAGGUAAGAUGGAAGACUCUUACAAGGAUAGGACUUCCCUGAUGAAGGGGGCCAAGGACAUUGCCAGAGAGGUGAAGAAGCAAACAGUGAAGAAGGUGAACCAAGCAGUGGACCGGGCCCAGGAUGAAUACACCCAGAGGUCCUACAGUCGGUUCCAAGAUGAAGAAGACGAUGAUGACUAUUACCCACCUGGAGAAACCUACAAUGGCGAGGCCAAUGAUGACGAAGGCUCCAGCGAAGCUACUGAGGGCCAUGAUGAGGAGGAUGAGAUCUACGAAGGGGAGUAUCAGGGCAUCCCCAGUAUGAACCAAGGGAAAGACAGCAUAGUGUCAGUGGGACAACCCAAGGGGGACGAGUACAAGGACCGUCGAGAGCUGGAGUCAGAGAGGAGAGCUGAUGAGGAAGAGCUGGCCCAGCAGUAUGAGCUGAUAAUCCAAGAGUGUGGUCACGGGCGUUUCCAGUGGGCCCUGUUCUUUGUCUUGGGCAUGGCCCUCAUGGCGGAUGGUGUGGAGGUGUUUGUUGUGGGCUUUGUGUUACCCAGUGCCGAGACAGACUUAUGCAUACCAAAUUCAGGAUCUGGAUGGCUGGGCAGCAUAGUGUACCUCGGGAUGAUGGUGGGGGCAUUCUUCUGGGGAGGACUGGCAGACAAAGUGGGAAGGAAACAGUCUCUUCUGAUUUGCAUGUCUGUCAACGGAUUCUUUGCCUUCCUUUCUUCAUUUGUCCAAGGCUAUGGCUUCUUUCUCUUCUGUCGCUUACUUUCUGGAUUCGGGAUUGGAGGAGCCAUUCCCACUGUGUUCUCCUACUUUGCUGAAGUGCUGGCCCGGGAGAAGCGGGGUGAGCACCUGAGCUGGCUCUGCAUGUUCUGGAUGAUCGGCGGCAUCUACGCCUCUGCCAUGGCCUGGGCCAUCAUCCCACAUUAUGGGUGGAGCUUCAGCAUGGGCUCGGCCUACCAGUUUCACAGCUGGCGUGUCUUCGUCAUUGUCUGCGCGCUGCCCUGUGUCUCCUCUGUGGUAGCCCUCACCUUCAUGCCUGAAAGCCCCCGGUUCUUAUUGGAGGUUGGAAAACAUGACGAAGCUUGGAUGAUUCUGAAGUUAAUCCAUGACACCAACAUGAGAGCCCGGGGUCAGCCUGAGAAGGUCUUCACGGUAAACAAAAUCAAAACCCCUAAACAAAUAGAUGAGUUGAUUGAAAUUGAGAGUGAUACCGGAACAUGGUACAGGAGGUGCUUUGUUCGGAUCCGCACAGAACUGUACGGAAUUUGGUUGACUUUUAUGAGAUGUUUCAACUAUCCCGUCAGGGAAAAUACAAUUAAGCUUACCAUCGUUUGGUUCACCCUGUCCUUUGGGUACUAUGGAUUAUCAGUUUGGUUCCCUGAUGUCAUUAAACAUCUGCAGUCUGAUGAAUAUGCAUUGCUGACUAGAAAUGUGCAAAGAGAUAAAUAUGCAAAUUUCAGUAUUAACUUUACAAUGGAAAAUCAGAUUCACACUGGAAUGGAAUACGACAAUGGCAGAUUCCUAGGGGUCAAGUUCAAAUCUGUAACUUUCAAAGACUCAGUGUUUAAGUCCUGCACCUUUGAGGAUGUGACUUCAGUCAACACCUACUUCAAGAAUUGCACUUUUAUUGAUACUGUUUUUGACAACACAGAUUUUGAGCCAUAUAAAUUCAUUGACAGCGAAUUCCAAAAUUGCUCAUUUUUUCACAACAAAACGGGCUGCCAAAUUACCUUUGAUGAUGACUACAGUGCCUACUGGAUUUAUUUUGUCAACUUCCUGGGGACAUUGGCAGUGUUGCCAGGGAAUAUCGUGUCUGCUCUCCUGAUGGACAGAAUCGGGCGCUUAACGAUGCUAGGUGGCUCUAUGGUGCUCUCGGGGAUCAGCUGCUUCUUCCUUUGGUUCGGCACCAGUGAAUCCAUGAUGAUAGGCAUGCUAUGUCUGUACAAUGGAUUGACCAUCUCAGCCUGGAACUCUCUUGAUGUGGUCACUGUGGAACUGUACCCCACAGACCGGAGGGCAACAGGCUUCGGUUUCCUAAAUGCUCUAUGCAAAGCAGCAACUGUCCUGGGAAACUUAAUUUUCGGCUCCCUGGUUGGCAUCACCAAAGCAAUCCCCAUCCUGCUGGCUUCCACUGUGCUUGUGUGUGGAGGACUCGUGGGGCUGCGUCUGCCUGACACACGAACCCAGGUUCUGAUGUAAUGGGGAAAAAGCCAUCUUCGUGCGUUUCCUUCUCCUGUGAUACGUCAAUUCUCCUGACAAGGCUUCAGAUUUUUCAUAUAUAGAAAGGUGGUCAAGUAUUGGAACACAAACUCUUGCUGUGACUUAAUAUUUAGAAGCAUAACAUCUUGCCCCUUUAAUGUGAUUUUGCACAGUUUUGUUGUUGUUGUGGAUUUUUGUUUUUAUGCAUUGUUAUCUUUCCUGUGAUAUUACUGACUCAAAAAAAAAUCAGUGGGUGAAUUUCUAAAAUGUCCUAGUUGGUCAGGCUUCCCUGUGAUUCUGCUCACUCAUUGAAGGUUUAGAAUCCAAGAAAAUGACUGUGCUUGUAAGAAAUUGAUCCUGCUCCUAAUGCAACAUUAACAGGAAAUAUAAGUUGGCAUAUUAUUGCAUUUGUGCUGAGGAGAGGUUUUUCUUCUCUCUUUUUUUUUUUUUUUUAACAUACUGAUACUUCCUGUUUACUUAGAAAAGGACACCCAGCGAUUCUCGCUGUUACAGCAGAGCCUUUCAAAGAAAACCAUGUGCUACCAAACGGGGCUGGGUGGGGCAAGACAGUUAAGGUGACUGCUGACGAGAAAAACAAGGGUUCUGCAGUUUGCAGCAAAAAUCUGAGUGAGCUGCAUAAGCAAGAUUUCUGAUGGAAAUAUCAAUUAAACUUCUGAAAAAUAUGAGGAAAAGGGACCGCAAUAAUGUCUGUGAUCGUGGCAUGUAGUUCAGAAUGUUUGAAAAUCGAGAUCAGAGAGAGACAUUUUGCCUUCAUUUACCAUUUCCCUAACCCAGCCCUCCCAAGCUGCCAUGGCUCUUACCAGAUAGAUUCAAGGAUCAAAAGGCACUGCUGAAAAACCAUGUCUGCCUACCUGAUUCUGCCAUUUAUCCGAAUGCCUCUAAUCUAGAUAUUGUCAGUGAAUAACUAAAUUGUCAUAAAUUGUAAAUUAGGAAAAAAUUCACCACUAAGGUCAUUUGAAAAUGCAAAAUAGUACCUCUUUCUGUAUCUCUUUGCUGAGGGACAUUCCCACCCCAGCUCCCUUUAGGGAAAGUUGGCAUUUACCUGCCUAGCUGCCAUCACCAAAGCAGGUCCCAUCCCUCCAGCUUCCCCUGGGCUGGGGCACUCUGGUCUUCGUGUUCUUGGCCCUGUCUCUAGGAAGGAUCACAGCCCGGCUGCAUUCCUGAGGGGUUCUCUUGCAGACAAGGACAGCAUCUCCUGGUGGCUGUUUGCCUGUUUGUUUUACCUCUGGAAUCUGCCUGGGCUUGAAUACAAGAGGUCAAUAGGACAUUCCCACGGGCAAGCUGUCAGCUACAUGACCUUCUCUGGCUGACCCCUCCCCCAAGCUCAUCCAUUUUACACAUCUUCUUUGAAAUCUGAAGCCUCCUGGUAGACUCGCAGCCCUUGGCUAGCAGCCAGGAAUAAAUCCCAU